GUAAGAAGAUGAGCAACUUCGAUUCAGAAAAAUUGAAGUUUGGAAUACUUGCUCAUAAAUCCAGAGAGAGAGAAAAUAUAGUAAUUAAGAUAAAAAGAGAUGAAGAACUCUGAAAGUUAACAGAAGGUAGGAUGGAUGCUACAGUAAUAUUGCCUAUUCUGAAGAAAAAGUUGGCCUUCCUUUCAGGUGGGAAGGAUCGAAGAAGUGGCCUCAUUCUGACAAUUCCAUUAUGCCUUGAACAAACAAAUAUGGAUGAACUGAGUGUCACCUUGGACUACCUGCUAAGCAUUCCAAGUGAAAAAUGUAAAGCCAGAGGGUUUACUGUUAUCGUGGAUGGCAGAAAAUCUCAGUGGAAUGUUGUCAAGACUGUUGUGUUAAUGCUACAGAAUGUUGUUCCAGCAGAAGUAUCACUUGUCUGUGUAGUAAAACCAGAUGAAUUCUGGGACAAGAAGGUUACACAUUUUUGCUUUUGGAAAGAGAAGGACAGGCUUGGCUUUGAGGUAAUUUUAGUAUCUGCCAACAAGCUUACCCGAUAUAUAGAACCAUGCCAGCUGACAGAAGAUUUUGGAGGAAGUCUUGCCUAUGAUCAUAUGGAUUGGCUGAACAAGAGGCUGGCAUUUGAAAAGUUUACGAAAGAAUCUACAUCUUUACUGGAUGAACUUGCCUUAAUCAACAGUGGAAGUGAUAAAGGAAACCAACAGGAAAAAGAGAGGUCUAUAGAUUUAAAUUUUCUUCCAUCUGUUGAUCCUGAAACUGUUCUGCAGACAGGCCAUGAAUUAUUAUCUGAAUUACAACAACGCCGCUUUAAUGGUUCAGAUGGUGGGGUUUCAUGGUCUCCCAUGGAUGAUGAAUUGCUGGCUCAACCCCAGGUUAUGAAGUUGCUAGAUUCACUCAGAGAACAAUACACACGGUACCAAGAAGUAUGUAGACAACGAAGCAAGCGCACUCAGCUUGAGGAAAUUCAACAGAAGGUAAUGCAGGUAGUAAACUGGCUUGAAGGACCUGGUUCAGAACAGCUUAGAACACAAUGGGGGAUAGGUGAUUCAAUUAGAGCCUCACAAGCUUUGCAACAGAAGCAUGAAGAGAUUGAGAGUCAGCACAGUGAGUGGUUUGCAGUUUAUGUGGAACUUAAUCAACAGAUUGCAGCUUUGCUGAAUGCUGGGGAUGAAGAAGAUCUUGUAGAACUGAAAGCAUUACAACAGCAGUUGAGUGAUGUCUGUUACCGGCAAGCCAGUCAACUGGAGUUUAGGCAGAAUCUUUUACAAGCUGCACUUGAAUUCCAUGGUGUAGCCCAAGAUUUAUCUCAGCAGCUAGAUGGCUUACUUGGGAUGUUAUGUGUUGAUGUUGCACCUGCUGAUGGAGCAUCAAUUCAGCAAACUUUAAAACUACUUGAAGAGAAGUUAAAAAGUGUUGACUUGGGCCUACAAGGUUUGCGUGAAAAGGGUCAGAAUCUUCUUGAUCAAAUAACUAACCAGGCAUCUUGGGCUUAUGGAAAAGAUGUAACUACUGAAAACAAAGAGAAUGUUGAUCAUAUUCAAGGAGUGAUGGAAGACAUGCAGCUCAGGAAGCAGAGAUGUGAGGACAUGGUAGAUGUGAGACGACUGAAGAUGCUUCAGAUGGUCCAGCUAUUUAAAUGUGAAGAGGAUGCUGCUCAGGCAGUAGAAUGGUUAAGUGAAUUAUUAGACGCACUACUGAAAACUCAUAUCCGACUGGGAGAUGAUACACAAGAAACCAAAAUUUUGUUGGAGAAACAUCGAAAGUUUGUUGAUGUGGCACAGAGUACUUAUGAUUAUGGGAGACAGUUACUACAGGCUACUGUUGUUCUGUGUCAGUCUCUGAGAUGCACUUCUAGGUCCUCAGGAGACACGCUUCCAAAGCUGAACAGAGUAUGGAAACAGUUCACCAUAACUUCAGAAGAGAGAGUAACUAGGUUGGAGAUGGCAGUUGCAUUCCAUUCAAAUGCUGAAAAAGUUUUGCAAGAAUGCCCAGAUCAGCCUGAAUCCAUAAAUGACAUGGAACAAUUUGAUGAGAUUGAAUCUGUUGGAAAAUCACUUCUGGACAGAUUAACAGUGCCUGUAGUUUAUCCUGAUGGUACUGAGCAGUAUUUUGGGAGCCCAAGUGAUAUGGCUUCUACAGCUGAACACAUCAGAGAGAAGAUAAAGCUAGUUUGUCUGAAAAAACAGCAGCUGAAACAAACAGAAGUCUGUACAACAGAGAGCUAAUAGUUUCUGUUCAUAAGAUGCCCAUUUGUAACCCAGCAUGUCAUCUGCAUUCUAUGCCUGCCAUAAUAUAUUAAAAUGCAUUUCCACAGCUGUUAUAAAAAUCUCAUUCUUCUUGAAACAAACCUAAUUUUACAUCUUAACAGUGUAUUUCUACCGAGCCAUAAUUAUUUAACAUGCUAUGAAACCAUAGAGUACAAAUAUUAUUAGAAGGAAACUAUAAUGUUGCACUGAACCCUUGCUUUGAAGCUUUACCCUGAUCUGUCAGGUGCUUCUUUGCCUAAGCAACUAAUGUAAGCUUUGAAUGGUGCUAAUAUGUACAAAUUCAACACAAAAUAGUAAUUUUCUCUAUCCCCAGAUGAUGUGGUAUUUUUAGGUUGUAGGAAAGCUAUCUGUUGUAUAGACAGUGGUGACCCUAUUUUACUUUGUAUUACUUUUUAAAUAGUCUUUUUAUUGUGCAAAUGUACAUCAGAUCUGCCCAUUAGAUCUUUAAAAUUCAUUACACUUGGGUUAUUUUGUAUGAAUAAUGUACUGACAGCUGUUUUGUGCUUAAUAAAAUGCAUCUUUUUAAAAUCUGA